CACCGUGUUGUUGGUUUUAACAGGUUUUAACUGCUGCAGAAUUAUAUUUUGAAAAUCGAAAAUAAACAAAAUUCAUAAUUCUUUAACUUAAUCCGUCGAAAAAUCAGGACACAUGGCUCUAGUCGGAAAAGGAUUUUCAAAAUACUUAAACACGCUGUUCAACGAUCCGGAACUUUCCGACGUUGCGAUCGUGCUGGACAACGAUGAGGGGGACGGCACAUCCGCGGAGACCAAGACGUUCCAUGGCCACCGCGUGAUUCUGGCCACCGUGUCGGACUACUUCCGGUCGAUGCUGUACGGCUCGUUUGUGGAGGCGACCAAGAAGGAGAUCCGCCUGCCGGGAGUUCCGUACUCCGUUGGAAAAGGGAUCUUUUGA